UCGGGGGCGGGGUGGAGCUGCCGCAGGGCCCUGGGCCCCCCGGACCCCAGGCAGGGGCCCCGCCUGCCCGGCGCUCGGCUGGCUCCUGCCCCGCGUCCCCGCAGGCUGCUGCCUUGUCGAGCGUCCUUGCCGGGAGGCGCUUGCCAUCCCCCUGGCGGUGUUGUCUCCUCAGAGACAAGCUGGGAGCUUAAAAGAAGCUUUUUAAGGCUAGAUUGUGCCUUGGCUGCAAGGAUGUGGCAUCUCGGGUAAAGAGGAGGGUAUCUUUUGCUCUGGCAUUCAUUCAGCCAUCCUUCUGCUGCCUUUCUCAAGGUCUAUUGUAUUUCCUAUGUGAACAGGUUUCCAUGAUCCUGGGGUUGUGCCAGCCAGGUGGUCAACAGCCACUUCUUAGUGACUUGGCAACCUCUUCUGCACCCUACUUUCCUCCUACGCACAUGGGGAGCGAAGGUACAAGCUGCGCCUCAACAAGUGGCUGAAGACAAAUUUGUAUUUGAUUUACCAGACUAUGAAAACAUCAACCAUGUAGUGGUCUUCAUGCUGGGAACUAUACCUUUUCCAGAUGGAAUGGGAGGAUCUGUCUAUUUUUGUUACCCAGACCAGAGUGGGAUGGCAGUGUGGCAGCUGCUGGGGUUUGUCACUAAUGAGAAGCCAAGUGCCAUCUUCAAAAUUUCUGGUCUCAAAUCCGGGAAGGGAAGUCAACACCCCUUUGGUGCCAUGAACCUCCCACAGACACCAACAGUGGCUCAGAUUGGAAUCUCAGUGGAACUGCUGGAGAACCUGGCCCAGCAGACUCCUGUUGCAAGUGCUGCUGUGUCAUCAGUAGAUUCAUUCACAGAGUUCACUCAGAAGAUGUUGGAUAACUUCUAUAAUUUUGCUUCCUCGUUUGCUGUCACUCAGGCCCAGAUGACCCCAAAUCCUUCUGAAGCUUUCAUUCCUGCAAAUGUAGUUCUGAAAUGGUAUGAAAACUUCCAGAGACGUCUGACACAGAACCCUCUCUUCUGGAAAACAUAAGCUUAAAUUCUGUCAUUUUGGAGUUCUUUCUAAAGCGUUACCUGAAAGAUGCAUCCAGUAACUCUACUGAAGAUUUUUGUGGGGGAGGAGGGCAAAAACCCAAACAACGAUUAGUCUGAAUAGACAAACUAGUAACUUUUAUAUUACUCUUGAACAGUAUUUAAAAUUAAAGUCAAUGAAAAUGACUAGUCUGCAUGUUGGUUUAUUUAAUUGAAGUGCUUGGCUGCAACAAGAAAUCAGUGUUCCAUGUAGAAAUACUUUGAAACUGCAUUUAAAGUGGAAAAAAUUACAAGUUGAAAAAUGGCAGCACUGUGUCAUACUUGUGUGGUGCUUUGGGGUGUUGUACACAAACUGAAUGCAGAUUUUUCCUUCUUUUCCUCAUUUGAAGGGUAAUCAAGCAACUGUGAAUAUGCUGAUGGUUUUCCUGCUGGUACUUGCACUGUAAGUUCUUCCAUUUUGUGGACAACCAAUAUUCUUGUUCCCAGCUCAUAUAAAUGGUAGAGCAGUAUUUCCCUCUAUGGCAGUAAGACACUAUUGAGCUUAA